AUGUCCAUCCACCCUCAAAUCUCCCACUGUGUGACAGUGUUAGUGUGGGAUGUAACCACGAAGCCUGCUUUUGAUCGACCAUCCUUUAAUCGUACUACCUAUCAGCCAAAAGUUUUGGAUAGAGUUGAGCGGAUUAUCGUGGCAUAUGAUAAGAUCAGCAAGGAUGGUUUCGAUUUCUCUAUUUUGCUUCAAGUAUUACCACGAUUCCCUCGACUGAAGGGAGUUAUAUUUCACGAUCUGAUGGCCCCAUGGGUGAAAGUGAUUUACCAGAACGAUUUGCAUUUACAACCACAACCACUCUACUCGGGAUUAUACGAAUCACCGGCGAUGUGUCAAUGGCGUGACCUGCACUUUAAGGGUAUCAAUAAUCUCGAUCAAAUGCCUGUUGCUGAACUUUCCUGCCCCGGGGAAUUACUGAUGAGCCAGCUUCUAGUGUGGGCUCAAGACCGUCUAAAUGGGACGGGUCAAUUCCCAGCUUUUCUCUUUGAGCAGAUGAUGUACAAGACCUGGCGAGCGCCAGUUCUAAUGAUGAUAGCCCUCCGUAUUUUUGAUAGAAAACUGCAGAGUUUCGAUAUCAACAUAUCUCCAACCGCGAGCUUUCCUCUCACUAGGGAGGAGGUCGGUCUGCGUUUCAAUGGCCUUGAUCUUCCACUUUUCUCACAUUGGGAUUAUGGCCUAGAGUGGUUAUGUGAUAUGUUCCAAUCAUUGCGCCACCUCUGUCUCUGUCUGGAUAAUGCUACUAGUCGGAAUUGGCGUCGUUUUAUUGCCAAACCACUUCAGGCUGUGCAGCGUAUCGAAACCCUCGAGCUUUGGUUAUCUAAAGCAGAACAUUUUGCAGGCCUGGACUUGCCGAUAUAUCCACACAUCAAAACCUUGAAGUUGGGUAGGUUUUGGUUUAACAAGGGUGAAGUUGAGGAGAAACUUCUUCCAUGGUGUUUCCAGACUGGACUACAAAAUCUUCAUCUAGUGAACUUUGAGUUCGUUGUCCCAUUUCCGACAAGUGCAACAGACAUUGUAUUCUGGCUCCUUGAAAAUGACAUCAGCAGUUUGGAGCCAGAAAGUGAAACACCCAACGCCAUGCAGGAUACCACUGAGUCUGCAGAUCCUGAGGCCUCAGUACACGGUGAUAAGUCCAAUCACCCCGCCGAGAGCGAGGAUGUGAUAGAGGAUGAGGAAGAAAAGUGGUACAAAUUUCUAUUUGGGGAUGCAGAAGAAAGAUGGACCCAGUGGCCAUUUGAAAUGUUCGACUUCGACGAUGACGAGUCUCCCCACGACCCAGAAUUCUUGCCGUGUUGUCCGGAAAUGUGGAAUCGACACCUGGAGUCUCGAAUUGUGGAUUAUUCUGCGGAUGGAUGGGAGAAUGAGUUCGUGUCGCAUUACUACAAAAACUACCAUCACACGGAGGAGGCAGCGUAUGAUCAUGACUAUGAUAAUGACACACCCGAUAUUUGGGAUGAACUGCCCAUUCCGCCACAUACUGCGGAGGAAGUGCGUAGGAUGCGUUCUGUCCUGGGAGCAUCAAUUGAGUUCCACAUCCACGGAAGCAGCUGGGGCUAUGGAGACAGAAUACUUUGCAUGACAAUUGAUAAGUGGUCUUCACGGCAUGAGUAA